GCAAUGACGUUUGCUCUCACAAAGCCAAAGUGGAAACUAGAAGCCAUUUCGUGUGCUCGAGGUGCGAAUUGAGCGCCAACAAAAUUGUGAGAAAGAAAAGAAAAGGAAAAAAAGGAAGAAAAUAUUUUUUUUAAAAAUGUCUCGAACUUGCAUUCAUCUGGUUGUCUUUGUUCUGGUGGUGAAGUUGUGCGUCUGCACGAACACAUCUGUUCUAAACAUCACUACUGACAUCAAUGUGACCAGAGACAUCAGUGAGAAGACCACCGCUCACACAGACCCACCUUCUUCUUCACCCAGUACCAUCAACACAACCACACACAAUUCCAGCCAUGAGCUCGCUGAGCAAACUCCAGAUAAUUCCAGAAACUUUACAGGAUCCUCUGCCUCGGAAUCUACCAUCAAGGGAUUUAUCACAACAGCAUACACCACCGUGAGAUCUAACACCACGAAAUUGACCACCAGGAAACCUACCACCACUGAAUUGGCCACCAUGCAGUCUACAGGAGGAUAUUCGAACAGUAAAAGUGCAGGGAUCUUUUUUCUCAUCUUAAUAAUCAUCAUCAUCAUCAUCCUUGCUACCGUUUUGUACAUUCUCUGGAAGAAAGGAAAAAGAUACUCCUUCGACUUGACAGUCAGCGAGCAUGAAACUCCGCUCCAGACCAUCGAGAACAUGGGAGUCUUCGAACCAACUAAAGGAUCUACUACGAAUCUGGACUACAUUCAGGAAGACAAACCCAAUCCUGUAGCUAACGGAUGUACUGGAGAGACUCUUGACUCGACGCCGAGCUCUGAGCAGCAGAAUGUUCCACAAGAGGACAGCUACUCGUCUGAUUUGAGUUUGAGCUCGCCUGUAAAGAGGGUGGAGUUUAAUCUGGAUCUGGAGCUGAUUGGAGUAGAAUCUGAUCUGGUGAGACAAGCCACAGACAACGAAACUACGGACAACGACAACGAAAACAACAACAACGACAUGAGCACUGGGAACGAUGCUGCUGACUUUUUUACUGAAAUUAACUUGGAUGACGCACAGUAAAACGCGCACACUCUGCAGUCCACAAGGGGGCGCACUGAAAAAUCCUGUCCGUUAUUUUCCGAAAAUGUUUCGAUGUUACAAAUUUACAUAAAUGAUACAUUUAAUAAGUGAUCAAUUGUUUAUACACUGUUGCAAUAAUUAGAAAUAUGUACUUACAGCACCCCCUGGUGGCCUGGAGGCUGAAGUAAGCACUUAAACUGCGUUUAAUCUGGCGUGAGCGUAGCAUGAGCAUAAGCGAGCGCUAUCGUUGCUGCUUCUGGGCGUUUACCAUCCGUCCAAUGAUUUCUAGCUCCUAUUGAAGAACUGAGGAACUGUAACGUUCAGGAUUUGUUUCACUGGAAUGUUUUUAAAAUGAAUUGUAAUAUGUUGAGGUGAAAUUCGUGCAAUUCGAUUGUUUCACGCGGAUCAAAUGCCAGGCUUCGCAUUAGCUUUGUUAGCGGCUUAGUAACAAAUGUAAAUGUACUAGCUACGAACACUGUCUCCAGAGACACCAAUUUAUGCUACUUUCUUCCAAGCUUUUUUUUUUUUAUGGAAUUAAUGGUUGCGAUGAGAUUAAAUAAUUUUUUAAGUCAAUGUACAUAGAACACUGUAUGAUCAAAAGUAUACGGACACCCGACAAUCGUACCCAUAUAUCUGCUUUUCUUAAAACUGUUGCCACAGAUUUGGACCCUUCAAUGUAUUUGACCUCCUUACCCCCAUUUAAACACCUUUGGGAUGAACUGGAAAGUUGACUGAACCCAGAACCCCACAGCUACGCUCCAGAAUCUAGCUGAAAGACUUCACAGGAUAGUGGAGGUUUUGAUUUGUUUUGAUUGCAAGGUGUCCACAAACUUUUGACGAUAUAGUGUAUUUAGGGACCUUUUUUUAAGGGAGAUUUGGGGUUUUUUUACACACAUUUUUUACUUAUGCAAACAUAUUUUUGUACGCCUAAAUACGCCUAUGAAAGUGUAUUGUUAAUUGUGUUCGUAUAGAUUCUCUCAUUUUUGAGUGUGAUGAAAAAUGCUGGAAAGGAAUAAAGUCUUAUUUUUAUAUCAGAA